AUGUUGUUGCAACUGGCUUUGGUCCUUGGGAUCGGCUUCGGCUCGUUUCUGCCGAUCGCGUUGCACCGACCCUUCGAUGGCGACCGGUUGAACCUCCUGGCGCGAGCGUCCGGUGUGCUGGGACUGACGAUCGCCGCGUUGCCCGGUGGACUAGCCUACGCAGGACAGAGGUCAGUCCACAGGUACGUCCCGAAAUGGAAGAAACAAGCCUGCGAAGCACCAGCGACCCAACACCCGGGCUCUCAUUACGUAUGCGAUGAAGCCGGCGAAGUUAAAUGUUUACCAGGUUGGACGGGAGACUUGUGCGACGUGCCAAUUUGUCGGAAAGGAUGUGACCCUCUUCAAGGAUACUGCCGGCGGCCGGGUGAAUGUCGCUGCAAGCUCGGCUUCUACGGGGAAUUAUGCGACAAAUGUGUCCCCCUACCUGGUUGUCAGCAUGGCAGUUGCAACGUGAGCUUUGAGUGUGCCUGCGCUCCUGGGUGGAAGGGCCUGUUUUGCAACGAGCCGAUUUGCGCCGCGGACUGCAACCCGAGCCAGGGUUACUGCGAAAAACCGGGCGAGUAUAAUAUAAAAGUAUUUUUCUCACCAUCACCUUCUUCCACGCGCCGCACAGCUAUCUGCUCCGCCGGCUGUAGUCGCGAGCACGGCGGCUGCCGUCGACCGAAUAGCUGCAGAUGCAGGGUCGGCUACACGGGGCCAAACUGCACCGAGUGCGUUCCCUACCCGGGCUGCGCUAACGGCAGCUGCAGGAAGCCCUGGGAGUGUCGGUGCAAGCCCGGCUGGACCGGGGAGCUCUGCGACGAGCGGCUCACCUACUGCGACGAUCAUCCCGGCAUCUGUCUCAACAACGCCACGUGCAUCAGCAUGACACCCGAUGAUGCCGACUACAGGUGCGUCUGUCCUCUGGGCUUCUACGGUCGACAGUGUGAGAAGAAAACCGAAUUCCCGGCUACCGAUCUGGUGCCACCAACGCCCGUGGAUCAACCCUGGGGUAGCAGCAUGAGCUCACCCUCGUUGACGACACCGUCAUCAUCGUCGAGCAAUGUAAUGGCAGAUGUGACGACCGAAGAGACAAUAGAACCACUUGGGCCAAUUGUCAUUACCGAUCCACCGAGCACGGUGGCAGAAGCUUCGCAUACCGCGGGAAAGUGGCCUCCGGAACCACCUACGGAGUCACCACCUCAACACUUGGAUGCUGAGAAUGAGACGUAG